AAACACCUCUUUGCUAACUGCAGCCCCACAGAGCAAGCAAAAUGUGUUGCGGAGAUGGCGAUUGCAGACCUCUCGGAUUCCUACUCGGCCUCCCCUUCGCUUUCCUUUCCCUUCUUCUAUCCAUAGUCGGCGUGGUCGUCUGGAUCGUCGGAUUGUUGUUGACAUGCAUAUGUCCGUGCUGUUUGUGCCUUACGGUCAUAGUUGAAAUAGCAAUUGAGUUGAUCAAGGCUCCGAUUCAUGUUAUGGAAUGGUUCACUUCUCAGAUUCCCUGUUGAGUUGCAAUUGCGAACCCCAAAACACUGUGUGUUAGUGUGUGUGUUUUUUCGUGCAUAGUAAUUACACUUUUAGCAUUUUGUAGAUGCUUCUUUCUAGUGAUUAGUAUGUCGUAGUAUUUCUUUUUCUCGGUUAUCAAGGUUUGAAACUUUGAAUCAUCGUGUAUGCUAUUAGUAAUCUCCCAGUGGUUAGUGUGUAUUGGAUGAACUUGUUUGUGUGGA